GCACAGAUCCAGCCCUGCUCAGCCGAACUCCCCCCUACAGCCUCCCUGGCCGGCGGUUUCCGUCCGGGGCCGCGAACGCCACUGCCGCUGUGGCCCUUCCGGGCUCGGGAGGUCAUGUCCACUCUGCGAACGCUUGGUGUCCGGGUGACGGCGUCGAAGACCCGCUGGUUUCUAAAGGCACCCUUUUUCUUUGCCCCCUCCUUCUCAGAUGAUUCGUUUUGACGAAGACAAGUUUUCAAUUUAUAAAGAAAUGCACUUAACUCAGAAUCCUUGUGAAUCCUUGUGCUUCGUCUGUGCGUUUGCAAACCCUUGAUUGUUUGCAAACCUCUUAUUAUUUCAUAGAGAAUAAUUUGCGCUGAGUGACAGGUUGAAGUGUUGUAUUUUGCAAAAAGUGCUGAAAUAGCAGGAAUUCGCUCAGAGACCAUUUCUGUGCCACAGGAAAUAAAAGCAUUGCAGCUGUGGAAUGAGAUAGAAACACGACAUCCUGGAUUGGCUGAUGUCAGAAAUCAGGUGAUAUUUGCUGUUCGUCAAGAAUAUGUCGAGCUUGGAGAUCAGCUCCUCUGGCUUCAGUCAGGAGACGAAAUUGCCGUUAUCCCCCCUAUCAGUGGAGGGUAGUUCUUUUGAGCCAGUUGGGAAAGAUAUGAAUGAAGUUGAGGAGAAAUCUAAAGAUAUAAUAAAAUUCACUGCUGAGAAACUCUCUGUAGAUGAAGUCUCCCAGUUGGUGAUUUCUCCACGCUGUGGUGCAAUAUCCCUGUUUGUAGGAACUACAAGAAAUAACUUUGAAGGGAAAAAAGUCAUUAGCUUAGAAUAUGAAGCAUAUCUACCCAUGGCAGAAAAUGAAAUCAGAAAAAUUUGUAGUGACAUUAGACAGAAAUGGCCAGUCAAACACAUGGCAGUGUUCCAUAGACUUGGCUCAGUUCCAGUGUCGGAAGCAAGCGUAAUCAUUGCUGCGUCCUCGGCCCACAGGGCUGCAUCCCUUGAGGCUGUGAGCUAUGCUAUUGAUACUCUGAAAGCCAAGGCGCCCAUAUGGAAAAAGGAAAUGUAUGAAGAGUCAUCAUCAUCUUGGAAAAGAAACAAAGAAUGCUUUUGGGCAACCAAUGAUUAAACCACAGUUUUUUAGAGUGCUAAAAUUUAAAUUUGUUAAACUUUUAUCUUUGAUCACAUUUUGAUUUUUCUUCUCCAAAAGUUCAGAUAGUGUAUUGAAGCACAAUCUCUUAUGUUACACCUGUGGGACAAAAGGGAGAAAAAAAAGCAAAAUAAAUGAGUGUUUAGGAUGAGGACUUAUGCAGGAACUCUAUAGAGGUAGAGGAAGAGCUUUAGGGAAGAAAUGGAAGAAUAAUUUAAAUGUGAGGAAAGAUACCUGUGGUAGACAUAUUAUUCCAAGCCUAAGUUCUAAUUGUAACUUGACUGAUACUGAGGUAUGGCCCCUCCUCACUGACUUUGUCUCAAAGAGAGCCUGCUCCCCGCCCCCUGCCCCCACAUCCAGUGAUGUCAUUGUUAUCAGGGAUGCAUUAUGGGAAUGUUGGCAGAACUGGGACAUAUGAAAAGUUAUUAUAAGCCAGUUUUGAUUUGGUAUAUUUUUAGAAUUUAUAUAUUUUUAAAAAUAACCUAAAUAAGUAACACUAUUAAACAAGUUUAAAAGCAGUAUUUUUGUUUUUUAAAAUUGUGAUAAUGUCCAAAAUAUUUCAUAAUAUUGAGAUUUCUAGUAUUUCAGAUUCUAUAAUCAUACCAUAACACUGUAUUUUAUUAAUUAUUAGUAUUGCAUCACUAUACAAAUCAGCAUAAAAUUGUUGUAAAACCAGGCAAACUAGCAACAGGGGUGCUUUGCAUGAUAAUGUUAGUUGAUAUUUAAAAUUUGAUCCACAACCAAUUAAAAAGGAAAAUGAUAUGGUUAUUUAUUAAAGCAUUAUUUCAGAUAGUUUUAUUUUCUUUUAUUCAGCAUUAUCAUUAAUGAAGUCAUUAAUAAACGAUGAAGUUUUCUGUGAGAUCUUUA